CCGCGCCGCUAGGGCGCGGGCGGGGUCGGGGGUUGCGUGGCCGGCGCUGCCCGCCGGCCUCGAGUCCGCGUCCCGGGCCCGGGCGGCCGGCGAGCAUGGAGGAGAAGUACCUGCCGGAGCUGAUGGCGGAGAAGGACUCCCUGGACCCCUCCUUCACGCACGCCCUGCGGCUGGUGAACCAAGAGAUAGAAAAGUUUCACAAAGGAGAAGGCAAGGACGAAGAAAAGUACAUUGAUGUGGUGAUUAAUAAGAACAUGAAGCUGGGACAGAAAGUGUUGAUUCCUGUAAAACAGUUCCCUAAGUUCAACUUUGUGGGAAAACUUUUGGGGCCACGUGGCAAUUCUCUGAAGCGCUUACAAGAAGAAACCUUGACAAAAAUGUCCAUCCUUGGAAAAGGCUCCAUGAGAGACAAGGCAAAGGAAGAAGAGUUGAGGAAAAGUGGAGAAGCAAAGUACUUCCACCUGAAUGAUGAUCUCCAUGUUCUGAUUGAAGUGUUUGCCCCGCCAGCAGAAGCCUAUGCCCGGAUGGGACAUGCUCUGGAGGAAAUCAAAAAGUUCCUCAUUCCUGACUAUAAUGAUGAAAUCAGGCAAGCACAGCUCCAGGAAUUAACAUAUUUGAAUGGUGGUUCAGAAAAUGCAGAUGUACCAGUUGUUCGAGGGAAACCUACCUUGCGUACAAGAGGUGUACCAACCCCAGCAAUAACCAGGGGAAGGGGAGGAGUCGCGGCCCGGCCGGUGGGAGUCGGGGUACCGCGAGGGACGCCGACUUCCAGGGGAGUCCUUUCCACGCGAGGGCCAGUGAGUCGAGGAAGAGGACUUCUCACUCCCAGAGCAAGAGGCGUCCCCCCAGCUGGGUACAGACCUCCACCGCCGCCCCCAACACAAGAGACCUACGGAGAUUAUGACUAUGAUGAUGGAUAUGGCACUGCUUAUGAUGAACAGAGUUAUGAUUCCUAUGAUAACAGCUAUAGCGCCCCAGCCCAAAGUGGUGCUGAUUACUAUGAUUAUGGACACGGACUCAGUGAAGAGACUUACGAUUCCUACGGGCAAGAGGAGUGGACUAACUCAAGACACAAGGCACCCUCGGCGAGGACAGCAAAGGGCGUCUACAGAGACCAGCCAUACGGCAGAUACUGACUGUACUGUCUGAUGUUGUGACAUAGCCAGGCUCCGCCAGUCCUGUAUACUGUUCAAAGUAAUUGUUUUCUAUGAACAAUCCCUUUUUAAAUAGAUCAAAAUGCUUAACAUCUGAAUGGAUGGAAUUUAAAAUUACUUUGUUGAAACAUCAACCUGGGCAGAAAAAAAAAAAAAAAAAGACAUGUAAAAUUUUGUUAUUUCCAGUCUGUAUAUGAAAAAAUAGGUCAUCAAAAGGAAAAAAAAUAACUUUGAUUAACUAGUGUUAAACAAAAAAGAUAGGUUUACUAAAUAUGUUAAUCCAUCCUUUUAACAUAAGCCUCACCUUUCAUUUUAAAGGUUUCCAUAGAAAUUUAGUUAUUUUAUCUUUCAGCCAUAUGCUAGUUGUUUUUUUUUUUCUCUUGCCAACAUGCGUAAAAAGGGAAGCCAAUUACAAGUGCAAAUAAUGUGGUAUUCUUUUGUAACUCAAGUCUUGAAAUGUUCUGUAGUGUUAAGCAAAGUCUCCUCUUGCUUGAUACUAAAUAAACUUUUGAAAGAAAUUUUGUGUGUGUGAGCUAACAAUUUCAUGUCUCUCUUAUUUAAAAAGACCUUCAUAAAUAGUCGUAAACAGGGAAAGGAUUCAUUUAACAACGCUUGUCAAAAAAGGGUCACACUAAACAUUGUACAACUUAUUUAAAACAUGGUAUAAAAUUAAAUGUACCAUUAUAUACUCACCGUAGAUUUAAAUGCUGUUUAAAGAGUCCAAGUGGUAUCAAGCUGCUUGAGUGGCACGUUAAAAACUACGCAAAACCAAAUCUUGUUUAAAAACUGGUUUUAAAAUAACUACUGAUUUUCUGAAAAAGAUGUGAUCAGUUUUCAUCUUGUUGAGCGUUUUUUCACUAGUGCAACUUUGGAUUUUUUAUGAGAAUUUUGGUACCUUAAUGAACACCUCGCUCCAUGCUGGAAGCAAUAAGCACAAAGCUUUUAAAGACAUUCUGACUUGACUAAUUGAGGUCGCACUCGCCAAGGCUGAGGAUGUGUAACCCUUAAACGGUCUUCAUUUUCAAAGGAAAUGUUGGCCAUCUUGGAAAGUGAAAGGAAGGUUGUGUCCGUCCAGCAGACACAGGAACUUUCCUUCCAAUUAUGGACUGCUUAAGAAUAAUCAACUCACCAACGUGCCUAGUCAGUAAAUGAAUUCACUUGAGAACUUGAAAAUCAUCUUUUUUUUUUUUUUUUUUUGUACAACUUUGUGUUUCAUGAAAUGUUUUAUAAAGUAGUAUGCUUUUUAAUUUGGAAAGUCUGUUUGAAAAAGGGAAAGAAAAUCAAUUUCUUUGUCUCCUCAUAACAGAAAACAAAUGAUUUGUGUAUUGCUUAACAAAGGCUGCCCAUUUCAAUCUCUUCUACUUUAAUAUAAACCUAGAAAAACAAAGGCUUAUUUCAGCCCAGCUCUAAAUUCUGCACACUUGAGAACCAUAUAUGGCUGCAACUCACAGCUCACAAGAAGUCAAGCGUCAGCGCAAAUUCCAGCUUUGAAAAUGAUUUAUCCAACUCAGUUAUGGACCAAUAAAGAUGAACGUGUUAUGCCAAAAGUACGCCGCCACAUAGAAGGUUAAUUAUAAAGGCUUCUGCGGGAAGCGGUGGCACUGUCAGAAUAGAAACCCGAUUUUCAUGCCUCUGUAAUUUGUUGUGGAACAUAAAGGUCAUCAUCCCCAUGGACAGUA